UUAAUUUUGCAUUUCAUUCAUAACCUCUACGAAAUAGGUUUAUUCACAAACGUCAAACUACGAUAGACAGUGCUUGUGUACCAACCUAGCAAAUCUAAUCUAAUCGUGGCCGGUGUUCCCAUUGGUUGAAGCUUCGUAUGCUAAAUAAAAUCGGCAGUCGAAGAAAGUCGAACAACAUUCGUGUGUACGUGACAAAAACCACCAUACGAAGCUUCUAUUAGUCCGCGACUGUCGUGAAGGGAUUUUGUUGCAAGCGCAUCUCUCGAUCGUGUCGGCCAUUUUACUGAUAAUGUUUUCACAUCGUUACGAGAGGUCUAUCGCGUGUUUAUUAAUUAAAUUAGUGAACUGAGAACUGUAAGACAUUAUGUUAUAACGAGUUGUUAAUCAAUAAAAACGUGGAGAUUUAGUGAACUAUGGUGUAAUAGUGACUGAAGUGUGAUGAAACUUACUUGAUUGAUUUUUGGUGUUUGUAAUAAUAAAAACCACAAUGUCGGUGGCUGGUGAUGAUGUUGGUGUCUCUUCGAACGGGAUGGCUAUACAAGUAUUCCGCCCUACAUGGGAGGAAUUCAAAGAUUUCAACAAGUAUAUCCAAUACAUGGAAUCGAAGGGUGCUCACAAGGCAGGGCUUGCUAAAGUGAUUCCUCCGCCGGAGUGGGUGCCUCGUAAGUCUGGGUACGACCUAGACCAGCUGAACGUGACGAUCCCGUCGCCUAUAUGCCAGGUAGUAACUGGCAAGCAAGGUUUGUUCCAACAAAUUAAUAUCCAGAAAAAGGCCAUGACUGUGAAGCAAUUCGCUGUGAUGGCGAACUCUGCGAAGUACUGCACGCCUCGUCACACCGGCUAUGACGACUUAGAGAGGAAAUAUUGGAAGAAUGUGACUUAUGUGGCUCCUAUAUACGGAGCCGACGUGAACGGCAGCAUCACAGACCCUGACGUCAAGGAGUGGAACAUCAACAGCUUAGGCACAAUCCUAGACUUCGUAAACUCUGACUAUGGUAUUGAAAUCGAUGGAGUUAACACUGCUUACCUUUAUUUUGGUAUGUGGAAGACCACAUUUGCAUGGCAUACAGAAGACAUGGAUUUAUACUCUAUAAACUAUCUACACUUUGGAGACCCUAAGACAUGGUAUGCAAUCCCUCCAGAACAUGGGAAAAGGUUUGAAAGAAUUGCUUCCGGUUUCUUCCCGACUUCAGCUAAAACUUGCCAGGCUUUCCUAAGACACAAGAUGACUUUGAUAUCUCCUCAAAUCCUAAAGCAAUAUUCAGUUCCUGUUAAUAAGAUUACACAAGAAGCCGGUGAAAUUAUGAUUACAUUUCCUUAUGGUUACCAUGCCGGUUUCAAUCAUGGUUUUAAUUGUGCUGAAUCCACUAAUUUUGCUGCUCCUAGAUGGGUGGAAUAUGGCAAACGAGCUACUCAAUGUACCUGCAGUAAUGAUAUGGUUAAGAUUUCAAUGGAUACCUUUGUCAAACGAUUCCAACCAGAUCGUUAUGAAUUAUGGUUAAAAGGACAAGAUAUUGGUUGUCACCCAGAACAGCCAGAGAAAAUGGUUCCUGCGCCUCAUCCUUCUGGCCAAGAUAUUUUAUGUAAUAAAAACAAUACUGAACUGCCGGAAUCGUUUAUUGCCGCUGAGGAAGAAGGGCUUAAGAAAAAGAAGAGGCAUCCUCUUCAUUUGAAGCGAGCAAUGGCUAGUAAAAGUAUAUCAGAAGGUGCCAUCGCUGUCUCAAUCCUUGGCCAUGAUGUUAUGGAUGAUGAUGAGAUGACUAUGGCUGAAGGUGACUUAGACAUGAUGACUUCAAUGAAGCGCCCUAUAAUGCCUCUACAACCAGAUGAAACCCAACUUGAUGCUCUUGAAGAUAUUUGGCUAAAAGGAGAUGAAAUGGACCCUUCCGAAGCUCAGCUUCCAGAUGUAGGCUACAUGGAUUCUGACAAAGAUUCAGACUAUGAAGCACCAAAAAAUAGAAAGAAUUCGAAAACACGGAAAAAGCGUAAAGACAGCCUCAAAAAAGAAGGAAAAGUCAAGAAAGAAGUUAAAGAUGAAGGAGACAGUAAACCGAAAGAUGGUGAACAAGAAAAACAAACAGAGAAAGAGAAAGACUCGACUACUGAGAAGAAGAAGGUGCCUGUACAGAGGAGAGGCAAAAAGGUGAAAUCAAAGAAACUUUCCGAGGAACAACUUGAAACUAUGGCCGCUCUAGUCUCUAAUUGGGAAUCUCCUCCACACGUUGAAGAGGAAAUCCCGAUAUUCAAACCUGCACCAGAUACCGUUGAUCCUCUGACUACAGGCACUAGUGACACUACAGCCCAACCACCACCACAGACCUCUACCCUUCCAAGCACAGUAGCCACGCCAGUCGUCAUUAAAAAAGAAACCAAAAAACGAAAAUCACCUAAAACUGAUACUGAGAAAGUUGAUAAACCUAAGAAAGAGAGAAAGAAGAGAGAGCCAAAACCUAAGAACCCAGACGCUCCUGUGAAGGAGAAGAAACCACGAAAACCUAGGACACCUAAGAAGAUACCCAGUACUUAUGAGUACAGCUCUCCAGUCGAGCCUGUGAUGUCCAGACCACAUCAGUCCUACAAACCGGCGACAGUCACGAAGCCUCCCUACCAAAUGACGGACAUGACACUCCCUUCUCCAUCUAAGUCACUAUCACCACCAAAACCUGUUACUCCUGGGCCAAAACCUGAAAAGACCUAUUCCGCAAUACUUUUAGACCCCAGUUUACGGGUCCCGAAAGUUGUACCACCGUUAAAUAAGAAUCCUAGCGCGUUUGAAGGGGAGUUCCAUAAAUUUAUGACCAAGAAGACCGAAUCUCCGCCCCACCCUCAUAGACCGUCCGUACCGCGGAGACCCACGCUGAAAGCGUCACCGCCAAAUACUAAAGUAAUUGUUGAGAGCGUUGAGUCUCCUCCAGUGCCGCAAAGAGAACAUGAAUGGUCAAUGCCGGUCGGACAAUAUAACGAUUCAAUAUUCGUUAACUCACCUCUAGACUAUAGGACGUACACCGGACCUGGUAUGCAAAGGUUACAGCCUCCAGCCGACAGAAGUCAAUGGAGACCAGAUCUGUACCAGCAGAAUCCUAUGCCCAGUCCCCAUAUGGCCAAUUCUCAUAUGCCUAAUUCCCCCACGCCUCCCAUGUACUCCCAAAUGACAAAUAAUUACUUUAGGAGUCCGUACCAGUCGCCAUGGCAAUACGGUUAUCAGAAAUAAACAGUAUUUUUCUAGUUAGGUCUUAGGUAAUAGCGUGUCUCAGUUCUGCAAUGUUUCGAAGCCUUUUCGCUUCCGAAGGUGGUGAUAGGUACUUAAAUGGGGAAUAUUUCUCUUUAUUCUCAUAGAAUCUGCACAUGUUACAUAGUGUUAAUGUUUGUACCGAUAGCAAUGUAUAAUAUUUGUUUUUAUCUACACAAUAUUAUUAUAUAAUAUCUAUAUUUUCCUAGCUAUUCUUGUAUUUCAAUCAAAUCUCGUAAAAUGCAAUUGAUUCAUAAUUAUAAUGCAAUUACACAGAGGUAUAUAUAAUAAAUAUGUAUUAAUAUUAUAAUUAAAUAAUUAUUAGUAAAAAGCAGCAAUAAAUAGGUAAUUUAAAGUUUCUGAACACUGCAAAUUGAGACGUUAAUUAUAUAAAAUGAUAUCGUUUGAUCUAAUUUAAGUAAACACGUUUUAUACCUUUUAUUCAUUACCUUAAUACAUAAUUAAAUUAGUGGUUAGACAUUUUCCGAAAUAAUUAUUUCACCCGGAAGACGCAAUGCCUCAUUUGCCGAGUGGUUGCAAGUGCGAAAUAUUACUGGGUAUUAAAAAAAAAUCUCAGUGCUAGCACGGAGUCUGGAAUUG